CGUCCCUUUCUACCGACCUCCCGCUCCCGAGUUAAUUGCACAGAAGUAUCAUAAUUAGAGCAUCACAUGCAGAUUGGUACCACGAUUGCUAAUUUUUACGUGUCAUUACCAAUAUUGCUCUAGAUUUUUGCAAAUAGGUCUAAACUGCAUAUAAACACGUAUUGACGGUGUAUCUGACUAGCGGGGCCCGCCCGUCAGGUGCCGACGUGGCAUGUUUUUUCAGAAAACCCCCGCCCUCGCCCUCGCCCUCGCCCUCUCGCUCCGCGCCCGCCUCGCCGCCCUCGCCCCGCCGGCGUUCCUGGCGGCGCACCCGCUGCACGCCGCCUACGCGCUCUUCUUCAACCGGGGCCUGCUCGCGCUCGCCGCCUUCUUCUGCCCGCUGCUGCUCUCCACGGCGCUCCUCCUCGUCGUGCUCCUCACCGCCGCCCCGUACGUCGCGCCGGGGCGGGCCGGGGCGCGGUGCCUCGGCAGCACCUGCGGCGUCGCCGUCGCCGCGCUCUGCGCCGGGCUGCGGCCCGACGGCGGGCUCGGGCUGGUCGGCCAGCUCUGCUCCUUCGUGCUCGGCCCGGCUGGCGUCGGCGAGGUCGUGUUCGUGGGUGAGGUGCGUCACGCUGGCGGCGCUUCUUGCUUUCUUCUGGAACAGGAGAGGGGGAGCUUCUUGUCUGCCGCCCGGGAGGAGUUCGCCGUUGAGCUGCCGUUGCAGAGUCUCCGUGGAGAAGAGAUCUGCUUCCUGAGCAAUGGGGAAUUUUAUGGAGAAGAUAUCUUCAACUUCAAGGAUGAAAUUCAGGAGAAAAAUGUGGUCUGUGAGGAUCUCAAGGCUUCUCCAGACUCUUUAUCUUCUUCUUCAGAGCAUUGCUUUCCAGUUCCAGGUGAGACAUUCAUGCCAGAGAUGGAAGAGCAAGAGAAAUCCAGCAACAAAGUACAGAGUGUAAGCUUGCCAGAGAGAAAGGGAUUCAGUAGUGACGCGGUUGAGGAGAAGAGGUUGGAGUGUGACCCUGUUCCUGUGUCAGCAAUGGAGGCAAAGAAACCUGAGCGGGUCAGCAAGCCACAUUCUUCGAUUUCUCAGAGAAUAAGGCAAUGGGAAUCUGGCAAUCUGAAGAGUGUUCUCGAUGAAAUCGAGGAUAAUCCGGUGGAAAUCUGUUUCGAGAAGGAAUCAUUCAAGGGUGUGCAGGAAGCCAUGCCAUUGGAGACUGAAUCUUGCGACCAAAAGCAGAGUCAAAACCAGCUCGCUCAAGAAGAAUCUGACCGAAAACAAUUGCCAGAGCAGGAGCUUGUAGAUGUCAAGGAAGAAUUGGUGCACUCGAAGGUGGCGGAAAAAUGCAUCGUAGACCUGCAAGCUGAAGAAAUCGCCUCCAUUAUCGGUGAGACCGAAGAAGACCCGCCGCAAGAACAGAGGAGCGAGGACGUGCAGGCCGAAGAAGAUGCGCAGCCUGACGGACAAGACCAUCAAGAAGAUGUGCAGGAAGAGCAGGAGCACGAGGACGCGGACGGCGAGGAGGGUCCCCUGAGGUCGACGUCCAUCGCGCGACGCGUGCACACGCGGACCUCGUCGGAGAGCCUCGCCGGCGCGGGCGAGGGGUCGCCGUCCAAGGGGAAGGAGUGGAAGCGGACGCUGGCGUGCAAGCUGUACGAGGAGCGGAUCCAGCUCAAGGUCUGCCGCGACCGCGCCGUGGCCGGGGCGUGCGCGGACGACAUGGACAUGCUCUGGGAGGCGUACGAGACCGGGGGCGGCAGCAGCGCCGUCGCCGUCGCCGGCGACACCAAGCUCCGAGGCGGCGGCGGCAGCAAAGCUCGCCCUCGCCCCCGGCGCGCGCCCACCCGCCGCACCUCCGCGCCUUCUGGCUCGGCACGGCCCUGCUCGCCGCGCUCUUCUCCGGCUCCGCGGCGGCGAGCAGUAUCCUCGGCGGGGUCAGCACCACCGGCGCGCUGGGGUCGUGCGCGCGCCGGCUGAGGUAGGAGGCCGCCACGGGGCGAGGGCGAGGGCGAGGGCGAGGGCGAGGGCGGCGAGGCGGGCGCGGAGCGAGAGGGCGAGGGCGGGGGUUUUCUGCAAAAAACAUGCCACGUCGGCACCUGACGGGCGGGCCCCGCUAGUCAGAUACACCGUCAAUACGUGUUUAUACGCAGUUUAGACCUAUUUGUAAAAAUCUAGAGCAAUGUUGGUACUGACACGUAAAAAUUAGCAAUCGUGGUACCAAUCUGCAUGUGAUGCCCUAAUUAUGGUACUUCUGUGCAAUUAAC